CUUUAAAGGCGCAUUAUAACAGCGGCUGAAGUGCAGAACCAGAGCAACACCAAAACACAUGCUGACAUUGAGAUAUAAUCUUAUACAAACAUAAAACACUCUGCCGACAUCAGCGCACUGUGACGUCACGGUUCUGAGCUGCUGUGCGUCUGUUCAGGGGCUGGCAGAAGAGACACGCUGCCCUCGCAUGCAGUCGGAUUGAACAUUUAUGAAGCUUGCGAGGCCUUUUGAUUGAUCGGUCACUCCAUGGGGAUUCUCGGGUUCGUUCCGUCUGGUUUCUCCCGCCCUCCACCCCUCGGCCUGCCCUCCCCCCUCUACAACACCGCCUCCAUACAAAUCAUGAAACUGGUAUUAACUGAAUGGCAAAUGAUAUGGAUUUUUACUAUUUCCAGUAGACAGUAAACAUACCAAACUCAUCCACACACACACAUCCACACACACAUCACACACACACACACACACACACACACACACACACACACACACACACACACAUUUACAUACAUACACACAUCAAAUGUAUUGACCUCACCACCAAAUAUCCUGACACGGCUCGAUCCCGGGCUUCUGGAAGUGUACUUCGACACUUUGCACAUUUUGGAAUGUUUGCCAAGCCUUGAUCGUGAUCCACGGUGUCUAAGGUAACCGAGCUGGAUUGACACCAGGAGUGCUGCUGUUGGCUUUAUUCUUCGUAGAUUUCUUUUUUCGCGUGUUUGAUUCGUGUGAUCGCCACUCUGAGUGCAUGCCGACGACAACGAUGGCGCCCCAGAACACUGAGGCCGACGCUGUGCAGAUGCAGGCCGUUGUGGCGGUGCCUGCAGGUAAACAGGGCAGAGCAGGAGGCGGGGCCAAUGGGGGGGGUGGAGCUGGAGGGCCAGAUUUGGAGAGUCAGGAGGAGUCGGUCAGCGAGGGCUCUAUAGAUCGCAUCCCGCUACGCCAGUGGAUCAUGCACGGCGCCGUAAUGUUUGGCCGGGAGUUCUGCUAUGCCAUGGAGACGGCGCUAGUCACACCUGUACUGCUGCAAAUAGGUCUUCCAGAACAAUACUACAGCCUGACGUGGUUCCUCAGUCCAAUCCUGGGUCUCAUCUUUACUCCUCUGGUUGGUUCGGCGAGUGACCGCUGUACACUGCGCUGGGGCCGCAGGCGACCCUUCAUCCUGGCACUGUGUGUGGGCGUGCUGUUGGGCGUGGCUCUUUUUCUCAAUGGUUCACUCAUAGGUCUUGCUUUAGGAGACGUGCCAAAUAAUCAGCCAAUAGGGAUCGUGAUGACCGUUUUGGGGGUCGUGGUGCUGGAUUUCUGUGCUGAUGCAACGGAGGGCCCUAUACGAGCGUAUCUGCUGGACGUGGCAGACACAGAUGAACAGGACAUGGCCCUCAACAUCCACGCCUUUUCUGCUGGGCUGGGAGGUGCGGUUGGUUAUGCUCUCGGCGGUCUUGACUGGACGCACACCUUCCUGGGUCAGGCCUUCAAGUCUCAGGAGCAGAUUCUGUUCCUCUUUGCUGCAGUUCUGUUCACAGUGUCCGUCGCUCUUCACCUCUUCAGUAUCGAAGAACAACAGUUCAGUCCGCAACAAGACCGUCUCGACGAGGAAGCUGAAACCGAAUCGAAUGCUAAAGUCCACAGCUCUCUGGUACCACCAGCGCACCAAAGUCAACUCGACAUGAUCUACGAAGAUGAGUCUUACGACCACUAUGUUCAUUACGACCUGUAUACUGACCGGUGCUCGGAACGAGAUCUAGACAUGGACUUCCUUGAUGACAUUGUCCGCAGUAAGAGCGACUCCGUUUUGGCCAUGGCUGAUGCGACAUUGGACCAUCUCGACCACGAUAUGCUAUUCUUGCGUGAAAUUGAGCCUUCAAUCUUCCAAGACCGGAUUUCGUCCUAUCACGGGUCGCUGCCACGGCGCAGCAGCAGUGCUGGGAGUCAGGAGUUCUUGCGCUGUAAAUUAAGUCGUGCUUCUGCGUUGUUGCAACAGGCAGAGCACAACAGUGAGGAAGCUCUACUUAACAACCAACUCAAUGGAUCCAAAGCACCCAAUGGACAACCAACGGACCUUAAUGGCAUGAACGGUCACACCCAACCCAACACGUCUAUGAAAACUUCGAGCACCAAUGCAUCCAUACGACGCAGACGCCACACCUUCUAUCGACAGUCGUCUUGUACCUUCUCCUACUAUGGCCGCGUAGGCUCCCACCGUUACCGUUACCGUCGUGCCAAUGCAGCGUUGCUCAUCAAACCGUCCCGUAGUAUGAAUGACAUUUAUGAGAUGGAGAAAAGGCAGAAGCAGAGGAAUGGACAGAGGAAGAGAAACCAGAGCGAGAACACCAACUUGAGUGGGGACGCGGAGAGCGAGGAGGAGGAGGUGGAGACCACCGUGCGACUGCUGUGGAUGUCCAUGUUGAAGAUGCCCAAAGAGCUGUUCAGACUGUGCAUUUGUCACCUGGUCACCUGGUUUUCCAUCAUUGCCGAGGCCGUGUUCUACACUGACUUCAUGGGGCAGGUCAUCUAUGAGGGUGACCCCACGGCCCCGUUGAACUCCACCGCGCUGUAUAACUACCACAAGGGGGUGCAGAUGGGCUGCUGGGGUCUAGUGAUAUAUGCCGCUACUGCUGCUUUAUGUUCAGCUAUACUGCAGAAGUCCCUGGAUAACUUUGACCUCAGUAUAAAGGUCAUCUACAUCCUGGGCACUCUGGGUUUUGCGGUGGGUACGCUUGUCAUGGCGAUCUUCCCAAAUGUCUACGUCUCCAUGGUGAUGAUCAGCAGCAUGGGAAUUAUCUCCAUGAGCAUCUCAUACUGUCCGUAUGCUCUGCUGGGGCAGUAUCAUGAAAUGAAAGAGUAUGUCCAGCACAGCCCUGGGAACUCCAAGCGAGGUUUUGGCAUCGACUGCGCCAUCCUGUCGUGCCAAGUGUACAUCUCGCAGAUCCUGGUGGCGUCGGCGCUAGGGGCGGUGGUGGACGCCGUGGGCAGCGUGCGGGUCAUUCCCAUGGUGGCGUCUGGUGGCUCCUUCUUGGGUUUCCUUGCAUCCUGCUUCCUCGUCAUCUACCCGGGUUCGAACGUAGAAGGCAACGCGUCAAAGAGCGAGCAGACAAAAGCGUUGACGUCUAGUAACGUCCACGGAGAAAACAUGGUCACUGAGAAACCCAGCUUCCUGAAGCUCACCCGGAAAGGUACUGCCACCACAACCUGCAAAGUGGAGUGCGAAUCCACGCUGUGAAUGUGAUCCGAUUCCGACAACUGCUAACAUUCCCAACGGCUGGGCACGUUUUUACACACGUCAACAAGACCACGGGGAGACAGUUUCUGGGGAGUUGUUUUUUUUGUCAGUGUUGUUGUUUGUGUUUUUUUUUGUCUCCACUUGGCCUGGUGUUGUGGGUCUCAGGGUUGCAGUAGGGUGAGGACGGGCAUCCUUCCCUCUCAGGGCCACCAGGGGGCGACUCUGGGCUGAACUUUUCAGGGGAGAGAGAGAGAGAGAGAGAGAGGGCGUGCUGUCUCUCUCGCUCUUAUCGACAUGCACUUAUCUUGCACACUUCCAUUCUAAGCUCAUACUAAACAAAUCUAAUAUAAUGUAAAGAAAUCUCUAAUGUCAUUCAAUCGCUCAAAAACUUUAUAUAAAAAAAAAUUAUAUUGUUUUAACUGCUGUCCUAAUCAAGGACAUUAUGAUUACCAAAAGUUGUCCAGUGCAAUAAUUUACAGUUAUUGUUUUAUUUUAGGCGUGCCAUGCAGGUAAAGGGGUAAAUCUCACAAAGAAAUGUCCAAGACACCAAAAUCAAAAGAAAAAAAAAUUAGAAUGUAUAUUUUUAGAGCUAUUGUAACAUUAUUUUCAUGGUAAAAAGCAAAUUGUCCCUAAUUUUCCGUACCGUAAUGCCAAAAUUUUAUAAAUAUUAAAUGUUUUAUAUACGUUACUAUUUUAUAAUACUGCAGAUAUAUACUGUACUAUUAUAUAAUAUACACUCA